AUGGCUCGCGGCGAGACUGUCCAGAACAAGGCUCACUACAAGGGCAAGGAGGACGACUUCCUCGUCUUUAUUGACGACAUGGAGGCCUUCAAUAAGUGGAAGACCGACAAGUCUGUCCCCAUGGCUCACUUCAUCUCCUCCUUCAAGAUCUUCGUCACCCACAAGCAAGGUGCACAGGGUACGUAUGAUACCGCCUCAAAGUCGACCCUGGACAACGAGUUCGGCACCCACAACGACGAGGACGUCAUCAAGCAGAUCCUGGAGAAGGGAACGGUCCAGGAGUCAGAGAUGCCUGAGCGCCAAGGCAACACGAACGACUCGUUCGGUGCGAGGGCCGCCCAUUAG